GAAAGGGACAGAGGGAAAGGACGGAGGGGGAGGGACGGAGGAAGGAAGUAGGUAGAAGGAGGGACUGAGGGAGGGACCCGGACACAGCCCCAGCCUCCCAGCCCGAGUCCCGCCCAGGUGGGUGGGUCAGGAAGAAGGGACCCGGGCUUCACCCAGGUGGGUGGGUCCGGGACAAGGAGGCGGGCGGCGGGGGAGGAAGGCCCAGGCGCCGCCCACACAUCCUUCCACAAGUGCCGCCGCAUCCGCCCGAGCCCCUCUAAGCCCCUCCAAGCCCCGCCGAGCCCCGGCAGUCCAGAACCCGGUGGAGCCAUGGCAACUCCCUCUGCAGCCUUCGAGGCUCUCAUGAAUGGGGUGACAAGCUGGAAUAUCCCAAAAGAUCCUGUGCCCUGUGAAUUGUUGCUGAUUGGAGAAGCCGCCUUCCCGGUGAUGGUGAAUGAUAAGGGACAGGUCCUCAUCGCUGCUUCCUCCUAUGGCCAGGGCCGCCUGGUGGUGGUGUCUCAUGAGGGCUACCUUAUGGACACUGGAUUGGCUUCAUUUCUUCUCAACGCGGUGCACUGGCUCUGCCCCACCCCUGGGGCUCCCAUUGACGUGCACCCAUCCCUGACACCCCUAGUAGGCAUCCUUCAGGAAUCUGGUGUCAAGGCACAGGCUGGGGAAGAACCAGGAGAGUCCUUGGGGGUUUACUGCAUCAACGCCUACAAUGACACCAUGGCGGAGCGCCUGGUCCAGUUUGUGAAGCGUGGAGGGGGCUUGCUCAUCGGGGGCCAAGCCUGGUAUUGGGCCAGUCAGCAUGGCCGUGACAAGGUGCUGUCUGAGUUCCCUGGAAACCAGGUGACAAGUGUGGCUGGGGUGUACUUCACUGAUACCUAUGGGGACAAAGGCCGGUUCAAGGUCUCAAAGAAGGUGCCCAAGAUCCCACUUCAAGUCAGGUGUGGGGAGGACCUCAGUCGGGAUCAGCAGCAGCUCCUGGACGGGGUCUCGGAGCUGGACAUCCAGACUGGAGGAAUCCCCUCGCAGCUGCUUGUGCAUGGGGCGCUGGCCUUCCCCCUCGGGCUGGACACCAACCUCGGCUGCUUCCUGGCCGCCGCCCGCUAUGGCCGUGGCCGAGUGGUGCUGGCUGCCCACGAGGGCUUGCUGUGUUCUCCCAAGAUGAGGGCCUUUCUGCUCAACGCUGUGCGCUGGCUGGCCAGAAACCGGGCAGGCAAAGUUGGGGUGAACACGGAUCUGAAAAGCCUGUGUCCCCUGCUCUCGGCAGGGGGCCUGGCCUGCAGCCUGGAGCCUCAGGUGACCAGGGACCUGUGUGUCUACUGCUGUAAGGCGUACAGUGGCCAGGAGGCCCGGGAGCUUCAGGAGUUUGUGGCCGAGGGUGGGGGGCUGCUGAUUGGGGCCCAAGCCUGGUGGUGGGCUUCCCAGCACCCGGGCCAGUCCGCUUUGGCCAGCUUCCCUGGGAACCUCAUCCUCAACCCCCUCGGCCUCAGCAUCCUGGCCCAGACCCUCAAUCCAGGCCGUUUCCCAACACCCACACCUGAGAUGAAGAACUACCACUUCCGCAGGGCCCUGUCCACCUUCCAGGAGGCCUUGACCAUGGAGAAGAACUGGCUGACCAGGCUGGGCAUGGAUGGUGCCGCUUUCCUGCAGAUUCCUGCCGAGGGUGUUCCCGUCUAUGCCUCCCUGCACCGACUGCUCAGAAAGACACUGCGCCAGGCCGGCCUCCCAGUCGUGAGCCGGGACAACCCUGUGGCCAGUGACUCCCGUGAGGCUGCACUGCUCUGCCUGGCCACAGAGCUGGCCCGCUCGGGCACCGACUGCUCCCAGCUGGCCCAGGGGCUCGGAACUGGCACCUGCCCCUCCACCCUGCACCUCUUUGAGCACCCCAUUACAGUGGAGAUUGAUGGGAACAACCCAGGCAGCAGUGAUUCCUGGGUAAGCACAGGGCUCUACCUCCCAGAAGGGCAGAGUGCAGAAGUCUCUCUGUCGGAAGCCGCCACCUCUGCUGGCCUGAAGGUACAGCUGGGCUGUCACACAGAUGACCUGAGCAAGGCCAGCAAGCUGUGCCGAGCACCCGUGGUGACCCACCAGUGCUGCAUGGACCAGCCCCAGCGUUCAGUCUCCUGCCUCUGGGGGGGCCUGCUCUACAUCAUCGUGCCCAAGGGCAGCACUUUGGGCCCCAUGCCCAUCACCUUCAGGAGGGCUGUGCCAGCCCCCUACUACAGGCUGGGUCAGACAUCACAGGAGGAGUGGAGGAGGGUCAUCCAGGAGAGCCCGGCACCCUGGGGGGAGCUGGCGACGGACAACAUCAUCCUGACGAUGCCGACCGCUAACCUGCGCUCCCUGAACGACCCAGAGCCCCUGCUGCGCCUCUGGGACAAGAUGAUGGCAGCUGUGGCCAGGCUGGGCGCCCAGCCCUUCCCCUUCCACCGCCCUGAGAGAAUCGUAGCCGACGUGCAGAUUUCAGCGGGCUGGAUGCAUUCAGGGUACCCCAUCAUGUGCCACCUGGAGUCGGUGCUGGAGCUCACCAAUGAGGCAGGCAUGAGGAGCGAGGGCCUGUGGGGACCCAUCCAUGAGCUGGGCCACAACCAGCAGCGGUCUGGGUGGGAGUUUCCCCCGCAUACCACCGAGGCCACCUGCAAUCUGUGGUCAGUCUACGUGAAUGAGACAGUUCUGGGCAUCCCCAGGGCCCAGGCCCACCCUGCACUGAAGCCUCCAGAAAGGGAGAAGAGGAUCAAGACACACUUGGGCAAGGGAGCCCCCCUGAGCAACUGGAGUGUGUGGACAGCCCUGGAGACAUACCUUCAGCUCCAGGAAGCCUUUGGGUGGGAGCCCUUCAUCCAGCUCUUUGCUGAGUACCAGACCUUCUCUGGCCUGCCUGGAGACAACGCCAGCAAGAUGAACUUGUGGGUAAAGAAGUUCUCUGAAAAAGUGCAGAAGAACCUCGUGCCUUUCUUCAAGGCCUGGGGCUGGCCUGUGCAGAAGGAAGUGGCUGACAGCCUGGCCAGCCUGCCCGAGUGGCAGGGAAACCCCAUGAGAGUGGAUGCCCUUUCCCAAAAGUGAAGAAUGUGUAGCCAGCAGGGCCCAGGGUGGGGAAAGGGGGUCAGUGCUCCAACUUCACCACCAUUUCUGUGGCCUUGUUCCCCAAGUGCCUUGAACCUGAAUUCUACUUCCCAGUCCACCUUCAGGAAGGCAGUGAAGGUCAUAGGACAGAAUAGAACCACCUUUCUCAGGAGCUUCCCUCACACCUCUGUAUGCUAUUUCUCUGCAUAUAGGACUGCUCUCCCCCAUAAGAGUCUCUCUAGACCCUGUAGCAGCCCAGCUCCAAGAGACACCAAGACUCCAGAGACUCAGUUCACUGUCCUGACCUCUUGUGGAGGGAAUUUCAUCCUGCGAACUCUUGGCUUUUAUUUUAAACCAUUGGUGCCAAAGACCAUGGAUCUCAACUGGAAUAACUUUACCAUAAUAAUCUUUUAUCCCUCCUUCAUCUAUUGGCCCUAAGCAAGGGUUUUUGUUUCUUAUGCUUUGAGGAGUUUUCUAAGAGCUUGAGGGACAGGCUGAUGCAGUGGAAAGAGCCCCGAGCCGGUUGUGGGAGCCUGGGACAUCACUUAACCGCUCUGUGUUUCCGCGUUCUUAUCCAUAACAUGCAAUAAAAACCUCUGCCUCCA